CUUUUCUUGACCUGUUUGUGAACAAUUUGGGCUCCAGUACAAGGAAGACUGUGGGCAUCUGCAGGAAACAGUCCUGGAAAUACACUGCACAAGUAUUUUAGAUUUCUCUGUUCAGUAAUAGUCAGCAUGCUAUUAUUCUAUCACAUGUUGGCUGUAGCUUCUCUUCAGAUCUUCAUCCUCUCAGGGAAUUGGGCUCUAGCCAAGAACAUCAACUUCUAUAAUGUGAGACCUCCACUAGACCCCACUCCAUUUCCAAACAGCUUUAAGUGUUUCACCUGUGCAAAUGCAGUUGACAAUUACAACUGUAACAGAUGGGCUGAAGAUAAAUGGUGUCCUGAAAAUACAGAGUACUGCUUGACAGUUCAUCAUUUCACAAGCCAUGGAAGGAGUACAUCUGUGACCAAAAAAUGUGCUACCAGGGAUGAAUGCCAUUUUGUUGGCUGUCACCCCCACAGAGAGACAGGCCAUACAGAAUGUGUUUCUUGCUGUGAAGGGAUGAUCUGCAAUGUAGAAAUACCAACCAAUCACACAAAUGCAGUGUUUUCAGUAAUGCAUGCUCAGAGGAAAUCAGAUGGCAGCAGGAGGACAAUUAGCAUUCCGGUGCUUGCAUCAGUCAUAACAAUUAUGUUGUUAUGAUGCAGCUUUCCAUGUGCCAAAUGUGAUUCAGAGGGAUAAACUUUAUGGGCUCUAACAUGAAGCUAUAAGAAGAAUGUUUCAGUUUGAAUAAAGUCACCGUUCCCCUUCAGAUUAUAGAAGAUGGUAGGAAAACAUGGACAUGGACAUCAUGAAGUUUGUUGAUCAUUUAUUGAAAAUUCUUUUAAAGAGUCUGAAGUAUUUAAAAGAAAAAACUGGUGACCAGACAUUAUAGUAGACUUUAACCAGUUAUCUGAAUUCUUCAUUUGUUGGUGGAAGCAUGUAUACACUCUGCACAUUACUUGAACAAGGAAACUGAUUGUCUGUAGGCAGUCAAUUGAUCAGGUGAGCUAAAGGAGUACUUCUAGAUGCAAAAGCUAUGCCAAGUUUAUCUCAAGAGAAACCACUUUUUUCAUAACUUUGAGUAUUGACUUGUGUUGAGUCUCUUAUCUGCCUUAUUGAUGAGAAAAUGUUACGUUUAAGUUUAUCUUUAACAUGGUGUCCAUGGAGAUCUGUACAUUUUCCAACAAGGUGUCUAAGAAAUAGACAAAAGUACUUUUUUUAAAGUUCAGUUUUGGUCAGAACUUUCAUGUCCUAUGGAAAAACUGAAAAAUAUUUUUUAAGUUUUUUUGGUCUCUCCUACUACAACAUUGUGAUGACACCUCAGAUUAUAAAAUAAUGAAUUCACAAAAAAAAAUUUCUAACAAAAGAUGCCCGCUGCUUAGGCUCCUAUAAGUCUCUCUUUAGGCAUGUAACUAAAAGCAGUCUGAUUUUUCAAGAGUGCUGAAUACCUGUAUCCCAUUGUCUUUGAUAGGAUAUGUGGGUGAUCAGUUGGAUACCUCACCACUUUUAUUUAGGAGCCUAACGUUAGGCACACAGCUUUGAAAAGUAUGGCCUAGGUUUCUAAAUAUAAUGUUGCCAUUCUUACCUUUGUUUUCAUAGCUGUAUUAGAUUUUUUUUAAAAGCCUGGUUUAUUGCAUAUUUUGACUAAUGUCACACAACUGACCAGUUGGAAAAAUUAGAAAUGGUAGAAUUUAGAUUGCUGUUGCACAUUACAAAAAAUUCUGUUUUCCUUUGUAGGCCUUGCAAUGAACAAUGUGUGUGUCGUAUUUUAUGUGUAUUCUUAUCCUUCUAGUUCAAGGGCUGGAUACUUCAGAUUCACUGUCUCUUUCACAUGAAGAAGUCAAUCCUGAAGACUGAUAGAAAUUGAUUUCACUUAUUUUCAGUCAGUAUUCGGUCUGAUUUGCAAGAUACGCCAAUGUUGACUAUUUUUUUAAAUAUUUUUGGCUCAGAUUCUCUGUCCUUGAAAACUCCCUGAUCCUGUGAACCAGCAUAUGUCAGCCCGGUCCUGAGCACAACCUCAAGGCUCCCAGCAGUCUCUGGGACCUGUGCUGAUGGUUAUGGGUGGAGGGAAGUUUCAGCCAUGCCUCCUUUUUUGCCCAAGCCUGCACUCAGAACCUUCACUUACUGGAUCCACUAUCCCCUUUGCACUGCAGCAUGGUCAUGAGUCUGACACAUACAGUUUGAACAGAGCACUGUAUUGCAUUUUUUGUUUCAGAAUUUUUUUGGGUACUUUAUUUGUGAAUUCACAGAUGUAACCACUAACAAGUUAGACUUUUUUGAUUUCUCAUCGUCUUAGUUUUUCAACAAAGCUUUCUGUUUAGUCAGAAUUGGUUGAAAAAUUGAGGGGGAAAAAGUUGUGAAAAUUUUGUCCAAAUAUUUUUGUGGGAUUUUUAAUUGAAAUUUUCAGUGCAACAUAAAGAUUUCAUCAAAAAUUGAAUCUCUGAAAAUUUUGACCAUCUGUAGUUUCAGCCUCUGUGUGUCAAAUCUUUUGUAUUUCUCUCUAACUUGUUUAAGUACACUUAGUUAUUUUAAUUUUAAGUGGCAAUUGGAAAACCUCCAUCGCUGAUGUUUUCAAAAUUGAUGAUGAUCUACGCCAACAAAUAUCCAAGAAGGUCUUAGAAUGGUGACCCUUUUUCUCCUGUUUUUCCUGUAUGCAAAUACAUGAUAUGUCUAACAUCUAUCUCUAUGAUCUGAUGAAGAGGCACUUACGAGAAAUAAUUUAAUUGUAAAAAGUUACAGAUGGAAAAGAUCAUUCACUCCCUUCGCUUUCCAAUGCAGGGUUCUUUCCUGCCAUCUAAAACUAAAUAUUUCAAGCAAUAGAUUUUUGACAUCAUCUUAUGGAAGACUGACUAUUCCGAAGUCCAAUAGAUCAAGCUAUAAGGAAGAAUUUCCUAGUAUUAUGCAAAAUGUUUCUUUCUUUAAAGGUAAUGUCUUUAAUGCUUCGUUAGUUGUUAUAUCAGUCUAGCAGGUAAUGAUAGCUGUAGCUGAGAUCAUAGAACGCUUUCUAUUUUUAGUUUCUGGUUUUAGGUUUCUGAAACAUUCUCUUUUGGGCUGACAUUUUCCGGACUUGAUUCUCCGCCUGAAGGUGAAUUCUUCAAUAAAAUUAAAUCAAAAUCUUUUCAAUGGUCUUCUGAACUAU